UGAAGAAUUAAGAAGAACUAUAUCUUGAUUUCAUGCAAUGUAACAAAUACCUAAAUUCACAAAGAUGCAGCGUUUGUUACCUCUUAGGAUUACGAUUAGAGACUGUUUCGUUUUAAUUUUAUUAAUUAUAUUUAAUACAAUUCAUGUAACUGAUAUGGCCAAUAAUAACAUGGAUAUCCAGAGUAAGGAAAAUAAGUUAAAAGGAGAUACAGGAGAUAAAGCUAUUAACUUCAGUGGCAGUGAUGAUUAUUUGAAAAGUUGUCCAACAUUAGAACAAGAAGUUCCAGAUUGUGCUGUACUCAAUUAUCCUUGCAUAACUUGUGACAGAAGUAUUGACUGUAUCUACGGAAACUUGUACAAUUAUACUUGUUUCGUAAAACCAAAAAUUGUAUGCAAUGGUUCCAAGACAUUUAACAGAACAUCAAUGUGUCGCUUUUGCUAUCAAACAGACAAAUGGGAACAUCGCUGUGAUCAAAAAGCUAAUUGCAAUUCUUUGGCAUCACCUUUAAAAUAUUAUACAACAAACUGUACUGUGUCAGAUGAUAUAAUUUGUUUGGGUAAACGAAGAUUCUUGAAGAAAAUAAGAUGUUCAUGGACAGCAGGAACACGGUGGGGCACAGCUCUUAUACUUGCAUUAACAUUAGGUGGCUUUGGUGCAGACAGAUUUUAUCUCGGACAUUGGCAAGAGGGGAUAGGAAAGUUAUUCAGUUUUGGUGGAUUAGGAGUAUGGACAUUAGUUGAUGCUUUGUUGAUUGGAAUUCACCAUCUUGGGCCUGCUGAUGGCUCAUUGUAUAUCUAAGGCAUAUUAUAAUGUUUAAGAUUUAAUAAAAACUUACAAAACCAUUGAAGUGGAUCAAAAUGGCAAGAUCAAAAACUACCCACACUAUUUUCCUUUGCGCUA